AACGGGUGAAGCGAACGUCACAAGCCAUCUGUUCCUCGUGGAAGUUGGUGGUGCGUCAGGUGCAUUCGUCAGAUUCGUGUAGUAGUUUAGCUUGGUUGCUCAGCUAAUCCCUUACCAGUGAAAUAUCUAUACAGUGUAACACAGUUUACUUCUAAAUGAGAACUAGUCGUUAAUUUUACUGUGUAUCUAAUAGAGUGAAAGAGAGGUUACCGAAUUCUUCCGCUAUGUUCUCCUUUGGCCGGACAGCUAUCAUCGCUUGCGGACGAGGUAGCGAACGUGUGACGGCAAACGGAGGCAAGCUGCUAGCCGCGAUGGAGUUCUCGUGGGAUCGUCUGGGCCAGAGGAGCUACCAUGAGCACACCGACGACAACAUCUGCCCCAGCAUGGUGCGAGGCAUCGACUACCUCAGGGAUCCUCGCCUCAAUAAGGGCAUGGCGUUCACGCUGGAGGAGCGUCAGGUGCUGGGUAUCCACGGCCUCAUUCCUCCGCGCUUCAAGACUCAGGAGGAGCAAGUCACGCUCUGCCAGAAGAACAUUGAGAGAUAUCAGGAGCCUCUUAAUAAGUACAUCUACCUAGCGGGUCUUCAGGACCGCAACGAGAAGCUCUUCUACCGCCUCCUGAGUGAGAACGUCGAGCAAUACAUGCCCAUCGUGUACACGCCCACCGUGGGCCUCGCGUGCCAAAAGUUCGGCCUGAUCUUCAGACGACCUCGCGGCCUCUUCAUCUCCAUCCACGACAAGGGGCACGUCUACGACGUCAUCAGAAACUGGCCAGAAAGCGACGUUCGAGCCAUCGUGGUGACUGAUGGUGAGCGCAUCCUCGGUCUGGGCGACCUCGGCGCGUACGGCAUGGGCAUCCCCGUGGGCAAGCUUGCCCUCUACACCGCCUUGGCGGGCAUCAAGCCCCACCAGUGUCUUCCCAUCACCCUCGACGUGGGCACCAACAGAAAGGAGUUGCUGGAGGACGAUUUCUACAUCGGUAACCGGCACGUGCGUGUGACAGGGCAGGAGUACGACGACUUCAUCGACGAGUUUAUGCAGGCGGUGGUGAGGCGGUAUGGGCAGAAUACUCUCAUUCAGUUCGAGGACUUCGGCAACCACAAUGCUUUCAGGUUCCUCGACAAGUACCGCGGUCAGUAUUGCACCUUCAAUGACGACAUUCAAGGCACUGCCUCCGUGGCUGUGGCAGGCCUGCUAGCGGCGCUCAAGGAGACCAAAACUAAACUCGCCGACCAUCGCUUCCUCUUCCAGGGAGCUGGCGAGGCAUCCUUGGGCAUAGCCAACCUGAUCGUGAUGGCUAUGGCUGAAGAGGGCAUUUCUGAGGCUGACGCUCGAUCCAAGAUCUUCCUGAAGGAUUCGAAGGGUCUGAUCGUGAAGGACCGGCCGUCGGGUGGCAUUGCAGGUCACAAAGCUGCAUUCGUCAAAGAACUGCCGCCCAUGGAGUCCCUGGAGGAGAUCGUCAAGGCUAUCAAGCCUACGACUCUCAUUGGAGCUGCAGCCAUCGGCGGGGUGUUCACUCCUGAGAUCCUCAAAGAUAUGGCCUCCUUCAAUGACCGCCCUAUCAUAUUUGCCCUCAGUAAUCCUACAAGCCAGGCUGAGUGCACGGCCGAGGAGGCCUACAAAUACACCGAUGGACGUGCAGUGUUCGCGUCCGGGUCUCCGUUUGACGCCGUGGAGCUCAACGGCAGAACCUUCUACCCUGGCCAGGGCAACAACGCUUACAUCUUCCCUGGCGUGUCUCUCGGCGUCAUCUGUACAGGCAUCCACCACAUCCAAGACGAAAUCUUCCUCAUGGCCGCCAAGGCGCUCGCUGACAUGGUGACGGAGAAGGAUCUAAAGGAAGGCCGCCUAUACCCUCCCCUGUCGGACAUCAGGAAAUGUUCUAUUCUGAUCGCCACGUACAUCGCAGAACAUGCCUACAAGACUGGCAUCGCUUCCACGUACCCUGAACCCAAAGACAAGAAGGCUUUUAUUGAGCAUCAAAUCUACGACUUCGACUAUGACAAAGUUUCGGUGCUGCCCCGUACCUGGGACUGGCCCAAGGUGUCUCGGCCUUAGAUUCCACUUCAUGGAAUCUGCUUCAAUUCACCAGACUCGAUGUUACUCGACCUCCCGUAAAUGUUUUGUGUUUAAACCAUAUCGUCUUGAAGAAUUGUUUAGAUGCUAGUACGUUUUUCUCUCGGUUAACAUCAAUGAAGAUCGAUUCUUGAGUUGAUACAUGAUUCAACGCCGCUGAAAGAUUGUGUGUCGCAGUGUAUUCUUAUUGUGAUUUGAAUUAGAUAGAUACGGGAUAGCUACCUGCACCAGUAUUGCCACCUUGUGUUUUUUUUUCUUUGGCAGUUCAAUAUUUUUUCAUUUUAUUUUGAAAGGAAAAGAACUAAGCUUACCCUACCGACAUAGGCUGUGCACUGUAGCAUUUCUGCGUCACUAUAGAUAGGGCAGCACUUUAGUUCGAUGCGAGUUAUUAAUUAGCACUUUAACACCUACUUGUGUUUAUAAUUAUAAAAACGGAAAUGGAAAGCCAAUAGUUGUUAUACUCCUGAUUGGGAAAAUGAAAAUUGAGUGGUGAAAUUUCGAAAUAUUUUAUUCAUUAAAAAAUCGUCUUAUUGACUCGACGAACGCAUCUUAGCGGACUGACUACUUCCACUUUUUUCUACUGUUGAGCCCUGAGCGUGUAUGAACUCAAGUUCUAUGUAAAUAUACGAAGCUGUGCAAGAUUUCAGCAGUCAUUCCUUCACAUCUUUGUCGGUCACAGGGUGAAUGUUGCACAAUAUCGUUGAUUUAUACAGGAUAUUUAUUAUGAAGAUUUUAUUACUUCUCUAGUAGAGAUUUAGUCGAGUCUCGUAAAUAAAAGCCAGUUUACAAAGUGGUUGAUUGAAAAUAUUAAACUUUAAAUUGGUGGCAAAAUAUUGACUUUGUGAUUAGCGUAUCAUUCAAGUUCAGUGCAAUUGCAUGUGUUAACCUUAUUCACUUUAUAGACUGUAUAUUGUGUUCGUACGUUACAUUUUUCCAGACGAGUCUACCGAAAGCUCGUUUGAGUUGGUAUUAUUGUACUGUGGAAGGAUGUCGCGCUUGCUGCUCCUCUGCCUCUGGCUCAUUGGCUACCUUUAUUUAUUAUCAGUGGGAAAUUGACUUAUUCCUAUUGUGCUCUGCAGGAACGCUGUACUGUAUUGAGAUCAAAUGAAAUCUGUAGAUUGUUGUACAA